AUGAUGGAGGCUGAACUCUGCUUCCCAGAGCUCUUUAACACCUCCUGCAAGAAGCACCUGCGUCCUCACUCUGAGGCGGUGCUCAUUCACACUCUACUGUCCUGCAUCUCUUUACUCACUGCGUCUCUCAACCUACUGGUCAUCGUCUCCAUCUCCCAUUUCAGGCAGCUCCACACUCCCACCAACCUCCUCCUCCUCUCUCUGGCUGUCUCUGAUUUCCUCGUUGGUCUCAUUGUGAUGCCGUUUCAGAUCCUCUUAACAGAACCCUGUUGGCUGCUAGGUGACCUGAUGUGUGCUCUGUAUUACUUCUUAGCCUUUAUCAAUAUCAGUGCAUCAAUAUUAAACAUGGUGCUGAUAUCCGUGGACCGUUAUGUGGCCAUCUGUGACCCGCUGCAUUACUCCACAAAAAUCUCUCAAAGGCGGGUUCAAAUCUGUGUUGUUCUGUGUUGGCUUUACUCUGUUUUCUACAGCUUUGUGAGUUUAUAUGAAAACUUUAAACAACCGGGCAGGUUUAACUCCUGCUAUGGACAAUGUGUGAUUAUUAUAGUUGGAGCUGUUGACCUGGUUUUAGGGUUUGUCCUUCCCAUCUCAUCCAUCAUCAUCCUGUAUGUGAGGGUGUUUGUGGUGGCUGUGUCUCAGGCUCGUUCCAUGCGCUCCCACGUUGUAGCUGUUAAACUGCAGCGUUCACUGACUGUGACUGUUCAGAGGUCAGAGCUGAAAGCAGCCAGGACUCUGGGUAUCGUUGUUGCUGUGUUUCUCAUAUGUUACUGUCCUUUUUAUUGUGCUUCUCUAACUGGCUACAACCUUCUGAUUAGUGACACAUUAGUGAAUUUUCUGUUAUUGUCCAACUCCUGCUUUAACCCUGUAAUGUAUUCCUUUUUCUAUCCCUGGUUUAGAAAAUCUAUUAAAGUCAUUGUUACUCUUGAGAUACUGCAGCCUCGCUCCUGCCAGACCAAUGUCCUGUGAA